AUGUCAUCAGCUUCUCAGGUCGAUGGAGUGGCGCAGUUACAGCUGGCACGAACUGCAGCGCUGGCGAAAGUAGAUGAGGCGCGGGCUACACCAAUAGGAAGAGCAAGAAGAUUGAAAGCAGCAAAGGAUGAAGCGAAGGCGGAAAUCGACGUAUAUAAAAUGGCCCAAGACAACCACUACCGAAGACUCGAGGAGCAGAUACAGGCACGGCAAGGAGACUUUGAGGAGUCCAGUCGUCGGGCAACUGAAGAGCAAUUGGAUAUGAUGAACAGGUCUUAUGCGAAGAAUAAGGAAGUUGCGCUGACAACACUUCUGUCAGCCAUACUAAAUGUGCAACCAAGAGUCCAUGCGAACUUUUCGCGAAUGCGCGAACAGUGAAGAAACUCUUCUGACGACGGUCUAAUGAAAGCAU